AAGGCUUGCAUCUAAGUUCUUGGUCGCAGGAUUAUAUGACGGUAAAAUAAAUAUGAGGGUGUCCUGGUGUUUCAUGUUUGAUACGAGCAAUCGCCACAGACAAGCACCCAGCCAGCAGUGCCCGAACUAUUAUCACCAUGGUCUUCGAAUCCAAGCUUCCCAAAGUUGACGCUCCUUCCACGGACGUCUUCAACUUCAUUUUCGAGAAGGGUCGGGACAAUUAUCCGAGAGACAGAGUCCUGUACCGCGUCCACGAAACGGGAGAGACCUUGACUCUCGAUGAACUCGAAACACAAAGUCGCCGGCUGGCUUCUGUCCUGGUGAAGAAGUAUGGCAUCAGGCCAGACGAUGUCAUUGCCUUCUUGGCCAACAACUCGAUCAAUUACCCUAUUGCUUUUUUUGCGGCGCUAGCUGCCGGUGCCACCAUCUCUCCGAUUCCCGUGCAGCAGGGUCUCGAUGCUCAAGCCGUCAUUCCGAGGCUCGAACAGGCCCAAGCGAAGCUCAUCAUCACGGACGAGGCCUUGGCCCCCAUAUCCCAAGCGGCCGCAGCAGGAUACAACGACAUCCCGCUCAUCAGCCUCACGGCUGGACUCGGCAAUGCUCCAGUUGCCUCAGUCAGUGACCUCCUGGCCGGGGAAGAUGAACAGUUCCGGGGCUUCCGGUUGUCGACCAGAGAAGAGACAGAGGAACAUUAUGCCUUCAUCUAUCGCACCAGCGGGUCUUCAGGCAACGUCAAGUCCUUCUUGACCACUCACGCUCACUGGGCUGCGAAUCUCUUGACGACGAAACUGACGGUUCCUUCCGACACCAGCCCCGACAAGGAUGUUUGGAUUUCGUCUCUGCCCUUUGCCUACGGCAUCAACGCAAAGCUGAACCUGGGCCUGAACGUCCUUCUUGGCAUCCCGGUCAUCAUCCUUCAGCAGCCUUUCGAUCAAUCCACGUUCCACGUCAUCGACACCUAUGGCAUUACCUUCCUGUUCGUGACACCGCCGUUGGCGGCACAGAUCGCGAAGGCAGAGAAAAAAGAGGGCACUACGUUUUCUUCCAUCAAGUGGCUGCUGUCUGCUGGCGCGCCUGUGCACACCAAGAUUCGGGACGCCGUUCGAGACAAGUUCAACGGCGUUCCGUUGACUUUGGAAUGGGGAACGACGGAAACCCUGCUCAUAGCACUUCAGAUCGACGACGCCUCGAGGGUGCCUGGCUCGAGCGGAACGCUAGUCCAUGGAUUACAGGCCCGUGUGCUGGACAUUGAGACGGGCAAAGACCUCGGCCCCAACGAGCAGGGGGAGAUUCUCGUCCGCAACACGCUCGCCAAGUUCGCGGGGUACAAGGAUAACGAUGCUGCCAACAAGGAUUUUGACUCGGAAGGGUGGUUCCGGACUGGAGAUGUCGGGUAUCUCGACGAGAACUCCAACGUCUUCAUCGUCGACCGUCUCAAGGAGCUGCUCCGCGUCGGCGACGGUUAUGGCACCCACGCGUCGGCCGAUGAGUUCGAGGCCGUUCUCUUUGAUCACCCGGCCGUGUCUACCGCCGUGGUCGUCGGUAUUCGGGACCAGGAAACCCAGCAAGAGCAUCCCACUGCCUUUGUUGUCUUGCAGCCCGGAGCAGUUCCCGGGACUGCAUCGGCCGAUGCAUUCGAGCGCUUGGCCGAGGAAUUGGAGAGGUACACGGAGUCAAAGCUGGGCAAGUUUAAGAGGCUGUCUGGCGGAGUGUGGUUCGUAGAGAAGUAUCCGUACGUCGGUUAUAAGAUCAACAAACGGAGGCUCAAGGAGCUCGUCGACGUCAGUCAGCUGAACACUACGCCCCGGUGGAUUGGAGCUGCAGCAUGACAGCUGAGAGGUGCCCUGCUUUCCCCAAUCUCAGAGUCAUGUCAGCGAUCAUCGUCUUCAUAUUAUUCCCCAAUUUCAAUCAGCUUAUCAUGGUGCAUCCGAUAUUUGGCGGAAGUAAGGUAGUAUGUCUUUUCGUGACAAACUUGGCUCCUUCCGAUGUGUGUGGUCAGCCAUGGCAACAUCUGAGACGCAGAGGCGAGUAAUAGGAUGUGCCAUGAAUGCAUGAGGGGUUGGGCUUCCGUAUAUUUAUCCGUCGCUGUUACAUAUCCCUUCUUGUUUGGGAGCGUGUUGAGCGAGGGAUUGAAUGUCUCUGCGCACACCAGCG